CGCCAUCGCCAUCGCGCAAACCCCACGAACAUGCCGUUCGCCGUGCCUUGAUUCUUUGGGAGAUUCAAUUCUGUAUGCCGACAGUCAUAGUCUCUUCGAUUCUUACAUUCGUUCCCAUCCCCGUGUUGCGCUUGGACGCCGACGUACCGUCGCUACCCCGAGCCACCCUUCUAAAAGAGACACUUCAUCCUCGCUGGUGAUCGAGCCAUUGCUGGUAAACCUGCAAGAUGAGACCAGCAUUGCUGGCUUGGGUGCUAGCCGCCGUCCUCUCGACAUCAUUCGCGGCUCCUCCCGGGUCAUUAAAAGGAGGAAAUGUAUUAGCAGACGAUGCAGUCUCUGGAGAGACUGAAGCAGAAGGAGGAGAGGCUGUCGACUACACAGUCUUCAAUGGCAUUAAAGUGCCGCCAAUGGCAGAGAUCGAAGGCAGCAAGUUUGCAGAGACGAUAAAAGACGGUUAUUGGUGGGUUAAACACUACUCGCCCUACUGUGGACAUUGCAAAGCCAUCGCACCUCACUGGCAAACGUUAUACGAAUUCUAUGAGACCUCCGAUCCUCUCGACGGUCUGACAAGAUCAGGCCAGCCGGAUUUAUCGUCACCGAACAGCUUUCAUGGAUACUACAACUUCCACUUUGCUUCAUUGAAUUGUAUAGCUUAUGGCGAUAUCUGCGAGAAGAAUGGCGUGCGUGCAUGGCCUACGUUCCUCUUGUUCAAAGAUGGCGAGCUCGUUGAGAAAUAUACUGGUGAUAAAUCCAUGGAGGCGUUCAGCAGCUACGUUGAGGAAAAGCUGGAACAGAUCAAACCAGGGUCAAGACCGCGAGAAGGCGUCAAAGUCCCGAAACCAGGGGCAAAGAGUGUCGAUCGAACCGCCACGCCCGAAAUCCCUCUAGCAAAAGACAAAGAUGCUGCUGCUGGCGCCGCUGCUGGAAACAAGCAGAACAAACAGUAUGCUACCGAGACCACAUCCGCCAUGCUGGCAUCAGAAACGGCUAGACAGGGCAGACAGAACAGCGCGAAGGCCGGCCUCAUGCCAAAUCCCAAAGGCGCUUCGAUUCCUUUGACUGCGGAGUCGUUCCAGAAGCUUGUCACCACAUCCCAAGAUCCAUGGUUCAUCAAGUUUUAUGUCCCAUGGUGCUCUCAUUGCCAACAUCUCGCCCCAACCUGGUCCGAGCUGGGCCGUGAGAUGGAAGGCAAGCUGAACAUUGGAGAGGUCAACUGUGAGCAGUCUCCACGACUGUGCAAGGACGCGAAGGUCAAUGCUUAUCCAACCAUUUACUUCUUCCGUGGCGGAGAACGCGUCGAAUAUGAAGGGCUCCGUGGACUCGGUGACUUGCUGUCUUUCGCAAACAAGGCUUUGGAUAGCGAUGUCAAAUACGUUGACGCCAACAUGUUCAAAGAGAUGGAGGAGACCGAAGAAGUCAUCUUUGCCUAUUUCUUCGAUGAUGCAACCACAUCGGAGGACUUUGCGGCAAUCGACCGACUAACUUUGAGUCUAAUCGGACACGGGAAGAUAGUCAAAACAGACUCAAAAAUCCUGGCCAACCGCUUCAAAAUCUCAACAUGGCCUAGAUUACUUGUGUCUCGAGACGGAAGACCCACUUACUACAACGCUCUCGCUCCGAAGGAUAUGAGAGACUUCCGGCGUGUCCUGACUUGGAUGCAAUCCGUAUGGUUGCCUCUUGUCCCUGAACUAACACCUUCGAAUGCAAAGGAGAUCAUGGCAGGCAAAUACGUCGUCAUGGGUGUUCUAUCCCGUGAUCGACCAGAUGAAUUCCUGCAAUCAAGGCGCGAGCUGAAGAACGCAGCCUUGGAAUGGAUGGACAAACAGACACAAGCCUUCCAACUCGAGAGACAAGAGUUGCGCGACUCUAAGCAGUUACGGAUCGAAGAAGCGGAAGACCGUAAUGAUCAACGUGCACUGAGACAGGCGAAGAGCCGAGUUAUUAGUAUCACAGAAGAAAGUUUCCGAAAACAAGUAAGCUUCGCCUGGGUUGACGGUGUCUUCUGGGAAAGAUGGCUGAGGUCGACCUAUGGUGUGGAUGUGUCGAAAGGUGAAAGGGUGAUCAUUAACGAUGAGGAUAACCGACGCUACUGGGACGUGACUGACUCCGGCGCGUACAUCGUUCCAUCAAGGACUUCGAUUCUCGAAACGCUGAAUCGCAUCAUUGCCAAUCCGCCGAAAUUGACGCCCAAAUCGACCAUCGGCACGUUCGAAAAUGUUUUCUUUCAAAUCAGGAACUUUGGCACGUACCAUCCAUACUUCUCAUUUGCCAUUCUGAUCGUAUCGGUGGUCAUGCUGCUUUAUGUCUUGAAGAACGGAACGACUAUCAAGAGAAAUCUGAGCAGGAAUAGUAGUGGCUAUUUCCAUCUUGAUGGGAAAGAAGGGCUCCUGGGUACAACGAAUGGGAAGGCAGAUUAGAUUCUGCUUAACAAGCAGGAUUGUAUCACGGUGUCUGAGGUUGAGGUUUGAGAUGAGCAUUAUAUGUACAGUGCAUGGCGAUGGCGUUCCGGAAGGUCGACAAGACUAAACAAUGAUGGUAUUCGUUGCAAUGCUUUGGAUAUUAGGCGUGUAUCAAGUAUAAUGAAGAACCAUGGAGAUUCUUCUGAAACGACCUACAAGGUACAUCCUCAAUCCGUAAUGUAUACUGCUCCGUACAUGAUCUGUG